UCACAUGGCAUCUUCCAAGCUCCGCUCGCCACCCUCACUCUUGGUGGCCUCGCCCCUGCCCCUCUGUGACCUUGGGAUUUCUGACAUGUCCUUUCAAGUUGCUUGAGCAUCAAGCCAAACAUACCACACCUGACCUCCUGGGGUCAGGGCAUAAUCCCUGGCAUUGAAUGUGUGACCCGCUUACUGUCAGGACCCAAGGGAAAGCAGCAGCUGAGGAACAGUUGGCUGGCUGUCAGCGGCUGGCUAUAUAAGCCCCCUCCCCACCACAGGCCUCCUCCGUCAGACUGUACCACCUUGUUCUUAUCUCAUGUCUCUCUCACGCUAGAAUGGUGCCUGGCGACAGAGCUGACCCAGAGUCAUCAUCAACACAGCCUCCACCAUUCCCACACCCUUUCUGGGGCCCUUGCUGUGUGUCAGAGGGCAUCAGACCAGCCAGGGGCCAAUGGGCAGGCAAUAUUAGGACUGGGUCCCCGAGCUGCUGCUGGGCCACUGGCUCCUACAGAGGCACUUGCUGCCUUCGGGCUUCCUGUAACCUCUGGAGAGGCAGCAGGAGCUCUGCCAAACUAGACUCUUGGCACUCUCAAUCCUGCCAACCCACAGAAGAAAGACAACAAACAACAGAGCCGCCUGCCUUUUAAGAGAGACGGCAGCGUAGGGAGACGGCCAGAGAGAGGACACCAUGGCGCUGUCAGCCUUCUGGCUCCUCACCGUCCUCGCCUCGGGCCUGCUGAUCCUCUGGGCCCGCGGCCAUCGGGGCCACCAGGGCCGCCUCCCUCCGGGGCCCUGGCCAUUGCCCCUCCUGGGAAGUCUGUGGCAGAUUGACCGCCAGGGCUUCCUGGCAUCUUUCCAGCGGUUGCGUGAGAAAUAUGGGGACGUCUUCACUGUGUAUCUGGGGCCCAGGCCUGUGGUUGUGCUGUGCGGGUAUGAGGCCAUACGGGAGGCCCUAGUGGAACAGGCUGAGGCAUUCUCUGGCCGGGGGACCAUCGCCAUCACGGAUGCCAUCUUCCAGGGGACUGGCGUGGCCUUCGCCAACGGGAAGCCUUGGAAAGCCCUUCGGCGAUUCUGUCUGUCCACCAUGAAGGAUCUGGGGGUGGGGAGGCGCAGCAUUGAGCAGCGUAUCAAGGAGGAGGCGCAGAGCCUGGUGGAGGAACUGCAGAACUCACAGGGGGUUUACCUGGAUCCCACCUCCCUUUUCCACGCCAUCACGGCCAAUGUCAUCUGCUCCGUUGUUUUUGGCGAGCGCUUCAACUACCGGGACCCAAUGUUCCAGAAGCUGCUGCACUUACUGAGUGAGACCUUCAUCCUCCUCAGCUCCUUCUACAGCCAGGUAUUUGAACUCCUGUCUGGCAUCUUGAGGCACUUGCCAGGCCCCCACAUCCGCAUGAACAACGUCAUUCAAGAACUCAAGGAUUUUAUCAUCCAAAACAUCGAGAAACACCGGGAGACCCUGGAGCCCAGCAUGCCCCGGGACUUGAUUGAUUCCUUCCUGCUCCGUAUGGACAAGGCAAGGGCCCAGCCGGAGAGCGAGUUCCACCACACGAACCUGGUACAUACGGUGCUCUCGCUGUUCUUUGCGGGCACAGAGACCACCAGCACCACGCUGCGCUACGGCCUCUUGCUGCUGCUUAAAAACCCGGAGGUCGCAGAGAAAGUCCAAGCGGAGAUUGACAGGGUGAUUGGCCCCCAUCGCCUCCCAGCCCUGGAGGACCGGACCAAGAUGCCUUACACAGACGCUGUCAUCUGCGAGAUCCAGAGAUUCAGCGACCUGACACCCAUAGGAAUCCCCCAUUGCCUCAUGAAGGACACCCACUUCCGGGGAUACCAUCUCCUGAAGGGCACCACUGUGUACCCUGUCAUGAGCUCUGCCCUCCAUGACCCACACUACUUUGAGAAGCCAGAUGCCUUCUACCCCGGUCACUUCCUGGAUGCAAAGGGCAACUUCAGGAAGCAGGAAGCCUUCAUCCCGUUCUCCAUGGGGAAACGCAUCUGUCUGGGUGAGAGCCUGGCCCGCUCUGAGCUCUUCCUCUUUUUCACCACGAUGCUGCAGAACUUCUCCUUGGGUUGCCCCAAAGCCCCAGAAGAGAUUGACCUCACGCCACAGGUGAACGGGCUGGGGAAGCUGCCCCCCAUGUUCCAGGUCUGCUUCCUGCCCCGCAGGAGAGGGGACAAAGGGAUGCAGGACCCCCCACAGGCCUUCCCUUCAGCCCCUGCCCCUGUGCAGAGCAAAUCCCUACAGGCCUCCUGAGCCCCGUGGACAGUCCUUCCGGCAGUCUUACCCCUAUUCUGCCUGCUGCAGUCUUCAUCCCCCAUGUAAUUUUCAUAGGUCACUAAGGAUAAAACCUUAGGGUUUCAGGGUCCAGAAAU